GCUUGUUCCCCACUCGGACCAACAGCAGCGCGCGCUCGGACGCUUUUCCUUCGCAUCUCCUUGGACCUGUCCUUGUUAUGAUUCCACGGACGUUUUACUAAAUAUCUAACGCGUAUCUCGCCCGCCGCACCUACCUGCCCUGAUAGACUCGCCCCGCACGCCACCGCGCCAUGGACCUCCCGAGUAUGCGCGAGAUCGAGCUCGAGGCCGCGCUGCGACAGCGCGACACGCAGGUCGCGGAACUGACUGACGAAGUCAGGCGCCUGCGCGAGCAUGUCAACACGAAGCCCGAGCCCGUGAAGACGGACGCAGUAACCCUUCCCCCCGUCUACGCUUCCCUCCUUCUGCCCGCCCUAGAGCACGACCCGGUUGCGCUAGAAGGCUCGUCGCGCUCUGGCACUAUCACAGCUCUCGUAGAGCGUGCACAGCGGCUGCAGGGCGAGAACGAUGAGCUGUACAACCUGCUGAAGCAGAGCGAGACGGGGAGGCUGAAGGAGGAAGUACGAGGGCUGCGUCGCGUUGUGGAGAGACUGGAAGCUGCUCUCCGAGAAUCGCACAGCGCAAUAUCCUCCCUAUCAGACGAGCUCGACAAGUCAUACGAGGGCUUGAUGUCUUCGGCCCAACAACACAACAACAUCCGCUCUCCUCACUCCCCACAAGCGUCCCUCCAUGGCCCGGCAACUAGUAACGGCAGCAUUCCCACUGCACCGGCCGCCGCCAGGCUCCCACCCACGGGCCCUCGUGCCCACAAGAAGGCGCGGCUCGCUGGUGCCGACAAGCCUGCCUCGCAACAGUCCGGGAUGGCCCGCGAGUCGUCCCAGUCACGGGGUGGGCGGCGUCGCCGCCGUAACGCCGAUGGAGGGGGCGGAGGCGGAGGUGGGGGCGGCGCCAAUGCCAACAACAAUGCUGUCGACAUGGACGUCGAUGCGCGACGUUCGCCAGAGCAGAAUCGGGCGCAGCGCGAUAGAGACCGAAGCUCGGAAGGAGGUAGGGGGCGCCAGAAUGGUCGCAAUGGAGGAGGCGGUGGUGGUGGCGGCGCGGGCUCAGGUGGGAGUGGUUCUAGCCGCCGCGGGCAGGCGCAAACGUCCACGGAUCGAACAUUAGCGGAGCGUAUGGGCCUCUGAAGGGGGUUACCUACCCUGCAUUACUCCCCAUCUAUUUCUUCUUCACCUGUCAUGCUCCCUCGCACAUCGCUGUACUACAUGGACGCGGACACCUAUACGUCUAGGCUGGGCGCUAAUAUCUGUUUUGUGUAUCCGGUACGAUUGAGUUCACACUAUGGUUGCUGUAUUUCUAGCUAACUCGCUUUCGCAGUGUACAUUGUA